AUGCGCCACGAGCGCGAGGCGCUGGGCCUCGACGAGUCGCACUCGUCGCGCUCCAUCUUCAAGACGCUCAACGAGGCGGAGCUCUCCGAGUCGCUGGUAUACCUCACCUGCCCGAUCUGCGAGGAGGUUCUGGAGAAGGACCCGCUCUUCACGCCGUGCCACCACACCUUUUGUGGCGCGUGCAUCCGCGGCCGGCUGCGCGAAGGCGAGGAGAGCUGCGCCGAGUGCCUCGCGCCUCUGAAAGAGGGCGACCUGCAGCCAAACCUGAUGGCGGCCAAGCUGCUCUCGCGCAUGCGCUCGUGCUGCAUCUACAAGGCGCACGGCUGCAGCUGGAAGGGACGCGUCUCCGAGCUCUCGCAGCACUACCGCAGCUGCUCCUACGCGGCCGGCCCCUGCCCGUUUGGGACGGUGGCCGACUGCCCGUGCGGGAGGAAGUACAGGUUCUCGGAGCAGCAGACGCACCGCGCCACGUGCCUGCCCUACCAGCGCGAGGCGCGCCGCAGGGCGGAGCGGGAGGCCAUCUCGCAAAAGCUCCGGCGCUCGCGCAGGCACACCGCAGAGCUGCGAGCCAACUCGCGCUCGGUACGGCUCGGCGGCGCGCAGGAGGCCGUCGAGCUCGUCUCAGAGUCUCUCAUCCCGCACUUGGUCGCGCUCGCGCUCUUCGCCCUGCUGGUCCAGCCGCUUCGGCGCGACGGCACGUUUGCCGCCGCAGUGUACAACAUCGCCGCCGCGUACUCGCAGCAGGGCCCGCGCCUCCGCUUUGGCGCCGUGCUGCUCGCGGCGUCGCUCACGGCCGACGGCCUGGACCCGUACACACUGAUGGAGAGAGCGCUCGGGUGGGCCGCCUCGAUGCGCGCAAACGACGAGACGCUCACGCUCCUCUUCCUGCUGCUGCCGAUCAUCACGCUCAAGGCAGUCUGCCUCUUCCUCCUCACCGAGGGACGCAAGGCCACCGGCCAGCGCGACGCCGCCGCGGCGCGAGCGGCGGACCUCGGCGCGGCGCUGGAGGAGUACCUGGGCCGCGCGCUCCUCCUCGUGGGCUGCGUCCUCUCGCUGCUACGCGCCGACGCGUCGUGCGCGCUCGGGCUCCUCGCCACGCUCGGGCAGAGCGAGUCGCGGCUGUACUUCUCCCGCGCGCUGCUCGGCACCGCCCUGCUCGCGCUCGCAGUCGACGCCGACUGGCUUGGCGGGCGGCUCGCGCUGCUCUGCACGGCGGAGGCGCGCUCGGCCAUCGCAGGCGACACGCUGUCGAGGGACGCGGCGGAGGAGCUCGCCGAGGGGUUCCGGCGGCAGAGGGCGGAGGAGCGGCAGCUCGCGCUCUCAAAGUCGCUCUUCGCGUUGGGCUUCCUCUCGCUGCUGCUCGGCUCUGUCGGCGUCCUCUACGGCAGCGAGGGGAUCGCGCCGUCCCUCUCCGCGCCGCUGCUCGAGCUCCCUGUCCUCUCGAUGGUCGCCGCGUUCGGCUGCCUCCGCGACUCGGGCACGUGCCGCUCGUCACCACGCAAGUGCACUCGCUUCCUCUGGUCGACCGUGUACCUGCACUGCACGCUGCUGCUGCUGCUCUCCUGCAGCUCUGCACCGUCGUCGCGCUAA